AUGUGUAAUGGUUUUAUACGUAAAAACAAGUGGGCAAUACCUGGACUUGAUUUACCAGGUUUUCCUGUAAAAGUAUCAGAUUAUCUAAGCUGCCUUGCAAUAUGCGAAAAUACUCAAGAAUGUAUUGCCUUUGAUUACAUUCUAUCGAUGAAGAACUGCCAUCCGAAAAUAGGCAUGGGAGCUGGUGGAUACCCAAAUAAUGAUAUUGUCACAGGCUACAAUCCACAACUUGAUAUUCUGUCAGGUCCAACACGUGGAGGUGAUGGAGGAGGCCCAUUUACUGAUUUAGAUGCAAUUAACACAUCGUGCAUAUCUAUCCCUAAAUCAAUAAAUGUAAGAUGCGGAAGCUCUGUGGAUUCCAUUCAAAUUACUUAUCAAACAGCUGAUGCAAUAUCUUCUCCAGCGCCGAAGAGGGGUGGCGAUGGCGGGGUAUAUUACAGCUUCGAAUUGGGUCCUGAUGAAAGAAUAGUGAAGGUUACAGGUAGUACUGGAUAUUUGGUUGAUGGUUUACAGUUCACUACUAAUAAAGGAAAAACAAGUCCAUAUUGUGGCGGUACUGGUGCCUCAAACUUUACUGAGCAGUAUCCAGGCUAUGUUUUAUGGUAUAUAAGUGGUCGAUAUGGGUCGCUGGUUGAUCAAAUCCAGUUCCACUGGGUUCGUGAACCCACAAAACAAUGUAUACGGUAG